UGGGUCACUUAAUUAUGUGCGUAAUGUUGCGUUGACGGUUAAUGAUAUGUUCAUUGUAUUUUCUGUAAAAUAGUAUGUCCCUGUUAUGUUUAUAAGGUUUUUAUGUUUUCAUUUACAAGAUAUGACAGAUGGAAUCUCAUAUUGUAGCACUCUUUAAUAACAUAAAUGUAUGUUAGAAGCUCGCAUAUAUUUUUUUAACAUUACCAUUUUUAUAUAACCCUACUUUCGAUUUCAACUUCAAUCAUAAACUUGUCAUAUUAUUUCGUAGUUGUAACACGGAAGACGUGUAAAUGAUAGAAGUUAAAAUAGUGUAGGUUAGUAACACGACCGAGAACAGUGGGAACAUGCUUGAAUGUAUACGUAAUACGGUAUGUGUAUCUUGAUAUUUUGUAACAUUUGUGUCUCAACAGUUCAGACUUGUACGACUGUGUCAUUAGUGCGAGGACGUAAUUUAAUAUUUCUGCCUUUAUUUUAUCAUUAUUAUCAGCAGCAGCAGAAGCAGAAGCAGCAGUAGCAGAGGCAUCAUCACAUUAUCAUCAUCACCAUCAGCAAAAACAUCAUCAUCAUCAUCAUCAUCAUCAUCAUCAUCAUCAUCAUUAUCACCAUCAUCAUCAGUAGCAGCAGCAGUAACAGCACUACCAUCACCACCACCAGCACCACCACCAUCAUUAUCAUCAUCAUCAUCAUCAUCAGAAAAUUAACUUGAUAUGGAAAAUAUAUAAAUAGAACUAUAAAAAGUAAUGAACAAAAUGAACACGUUCAUUUACAAAUAUAAAUUCAAUGUCAAAAAUAAACUAAGGAAACUCAAAUAAAAUAAACUUAAGAAAACCUCAUCGUUACUUAUUUAAACAUCCGUUCCCACGGUUUCCGAUUAAUAACUUAUGAAAACUCAUGCCCAUGGGCCUCAAAGAAUUUAUUUUCAGAUCAAUGAGUCACAUGUCAAUGUUUUGGCUAUCUUUAUCUAAGAAUCCGUUUCCGAGCAAUAACUGAAGAAAGCUUGGGUCAUAGGACCUCACAUUUGGUAGGCAUGUUGGACAUGACCUACAUAGGAACAAAAAAAGUUUUUGGUGUCAUGGGGUCAAAGUUCAAUGUCGUGGUGACCUUGUGCUGAAAAUCCGUUUCUGAUCUAUAACCGAAGAAAGGUUGGGCCCAUGCAUUUCAAAUUUAGUAGGCAGACUGGCCAUGACUAGUUAAAGAACGAUAUUUAUUUUGAGCUGUAAAUUCAUUUUCAAAUAAUAUUUGUAGAACGCUCGGGCACAGGGACCUUAAACUUGGUAGGUAGGUUGGUCAUAAUCAGCAGAUGAACUCUGACGAUUUUAAGGGUCAAAGGUUAAGGUUAAUAACCGAAGAACACACUUGGCAGGCAUUUUGAACACUUCCAUAAUAACCCCUAUCGAUAAUUAUAACCAGGAUUUUAAUACGUUUUAACGUGAUUAAGCAACUUACCUACAUAAUUCGCUUAAAAGUUAACCAGCGGUUUUGUUUCUUCAUUCUUUCAGUUUUAUAUCAUUUUUUUUUUAUUUUAGGGUUUCAUUAGAAAGAUGAAUCAUGGCAAAAACUCUUACAUUAUACAAAGUUUUCACACAUACAUACAUGUGCAUGUUCAUGCACAAUAACCUCGUUUUAAAGUACAACAUAAACAAGUUGACAUCAACACAAUCAUGUAGUGACUUAUCAUUGUCAUGGUCAUACUUGGCUUUUAGAAAUGUUAGCAAUCAACAUUCUCAAACUGCAUGGGAAGGUUGUCAUAAGAAUAUUUUAUAUACUAACGGUUAUCUGUCCAUACACUUAUAUGGGCCUAAAAACUGAUUGCUGUCUAUCCAACAAGUCGUUUCGGAUGCUUGUUAAAUACCUGUGACAGUUCUUAAAAGCGUUAAGAAGUAAAUAAUGCACUCUGAUAAUAAAUGAAUAAUGAAAAACACGUGUUUACGUUUAUUUUCAGAUAAGAGCCAUCCAUCAUGAAAGACGUUUGUAGAUAGGGUUGUGUAAUAGGUCGGAAUGAUGGAAAGGAGAAUCAGUUUGUUUUGUGGUCACGUUAAUCGCAUGUUCAGACACAUUUUUCUUCUUGUGUAUCAGUAUAACACAGUUGUUUAGUCAGAAUGUAUUUUCCUUCAAAACACUUUUUUGAAAACACUAACUAUGCAGUAUAUAUUGAACACGUUUUGUACUGUAGUUCUUUUGUGUAAAUUUUGUGUGAGGUUUAAAGUAACAAAUUCAAAAUCAUAAUGGCAUUGUCAAUGGUACCCCCUUUAUAUGGGACACCUAAUACUGUAAAUGCCAGACAUUACCACAGAUUGCUUGAUCUACACGACUGCGCAGCAGAAACUCUACGAAAGUAUCUCGAACAAGAAAUUACUAACCAAGGAUCAACCCUUCAAGUAUUUUUAAAACAAGACAAAGUUAAACACAAGAUUGAAAGCAAUUCUCUUUUCCCAGCGCAAAAAGACAUACUUUCUAGUGAGAAUCCGUCUUACGAAUCAUUAGACAUUUCCCUUUUAUCCAUUUUGAUUUUAGAAGUUUGCAGCCCUGUUGAAGUUGUUUCUCAAUCUGUAAGACAGCUUAGAAAACAGAGAAAUGAAUUAUCACAUAAUGUUAAAGGGGAGGUCAAUGGAAGCCAGCCGUUUAAUGUGGCUAGUCAAGAAAUAUUGAAAAUUUCCGCGGAAAUAGGAGACGAUUUCAAGGACAAAAUGUUGCGACAGAUGCACGAUAUUCGAAAUCGAGAAAUGGUGCGGACACACACGAACUUGGAACAAAUCGUGAUAAAUGGCGAAUACUUUAUGGUUAAGCUAGUUGAAUCUUCGCCAAAUGAACAAGAAAGCCAAACUGCCAUAGAAACGAGAAUAAAACUCAAUUUGUCACGAUGGAUACGACAGCUUUCACGAAUGGACAAAUUGAGUAUAUUUCUUCAAAGUUUGAAAGAUGCGGGUGUUAUAAGUGAAACACAGAAGUUGACAAUCGAGACAGAGUUCCAGAAUUGCAGCCAAAUGCAAAUGCUUGUUUUGUUCGUUCAGAAUGAAACCAAAGCAAAUCUAUUUAAAUUCUGUAAGGUCUUGAGAUCAAUUCAUCCAUUGUUGGCAAACUUGAUUGAGGGGACCGACACAGAUGGCAUUGAUAUUGAUGAAUAUCUUGACCGCGAUGAAACCUUAGAAAUCGAACAAAUCCUUCGAUCUUCCUUAACGAGUUGCAUUGGUGCUACAGUUACGUGUGAGAAAAUCCAUGUCAUCGUUGAAGACAAAAUGAAAUCGAGCAUUUGUUUCGACAAAGUGAAAACGUGUCUGCUUAACAUGUUUAAACAAGCUACAUACACCACGAAAGAAAAAUGUUUUGUUGGCGUUCAGGAAACUUCACAAUUUGUCUGUUCUUCAGAAAAAUCAGAAAACUCUUCAGCGUCAAAAGAGUUUUCUUCCAUGCCGAUUGAAGAUUUUGCUAAGGAAAUGGGGGAGCGAAUGGGAAGAUUGAAACCAGAAUUAAAAGGUUUGUUUCGGGAUGCAGUUUUUAGUGAGGCAAUUUUACCUCAAAUAUUUGUUAGUAUGCCUCCUGAAGAUUUAGAAAAAGUGUUUGGAAGCUAUCUAGGAGACAUCAAGUUUGGAUAUGGUAUACAACACGAGUUAAAGUCUUUUCAAAAGCAAAUACAAGACCAGCUUGCAACAUCUCCGCCAUUUAUGUCGAAGGUAGUAUCUUUAAGAAAGUUUGAUACACCUGCAUCUAGCGAAGUCAAGUACCGAAAAGGAACAGCCAGACCAGCUCAUGGAAAUAUUUUGGUGCCAGUUCACGAAUUCCGAGCAACUAUGAAUGCAUCAAAACAUUCAAUAGCAAGAGAAGUAUUGCGGUUCGUGGCUGCUUGUAUGAAUUCAAGAAAAAAUGGAACAAUUCAUUUCGGAAUCAAAGACAACGGAGAUGGAUGUGGUACAAUAGAAGGAAUUUCAAGUCUUUCUUUCACUACUAAAGAAUUAGACGUUCUCAUAGCAAGGUACAUAUCUGAAAGCUUUUGUUUGCACAGCCAGAAGGCAUUACUGUGUUUGAGACCGACUCAGGCGAUCUCGAUGAUGGAUUCAGAAAACGUUGUGCUUGAAAUCGAUGUCAUUCCGUCUUCAUAUUAUUGUCCAAAGGAAAUAUUUUCAAUUUGCUUUCCGCCAAAGGGACCAUAUGAUACUGUGUAUUUUGUUUAUGACAUGAAUCCAAGAUGCAAUAUAGUUACGAUUGAUGAAUCUAAGAUCUGUUCUGUACGGUGCAUAUAUGCAGACAGAUAUGAGGAGAGACGAACCUUGGAAAAAGAAAGUAUUUCGGAAAGUAAGAAGGACAAAUUCCUUGAAAGAACAUUGGCAAUUUCGCUUACAGGUAAAGGAAAAAAAUAUGUUACGGACGAAUAUGUUCCAAUAAUAGUCACUGGGAAAAUCGGUAGACAAAAUGAAAUUGAGUUCAGGAAGCAGUUGAAAAUGGAUCUAGCAUUCAAAUCAUCUUGUUAUAUAAUUGACAUGGAUUCAUCUUCUACAUUGAGAGCUGAUAUAGAAAAAGACACACUUAUCUUCAAUGUUAAAACUGCGGAAGACUUUUUGAAGACGGACAGACCUGAGCUACCAAACGAGCCGAUGUGGCUGUAUUGCAAUGGCUACGACGAGAAGAACUUGGGUGCGAUGAAAGUUAAAGAAUGGACAGACUGCAGAUUACCAGGAAUACAACUUGCCUUGAACAUGAUAAGGGACAAUAUUCCUAAAGAACGUGCGUUGGUUAUAUUCAUGGUUUAUCAACAGCAAACCAAAGUAGAUCCAAUUUUUGAGCUGGCCAGAGAUAUGAUGAGAUCAUCGUUUCGGCGUGAGUGCGUCGUCGUUUCAAGCAAUGAAGGCAACAUCAAAGAUAUCAAAAAUGAAAUAUCGUAUCUGGUGGAUGACCAUCAUUUUCAUACGGGCCUUUCAUGGGAAGCUAUCUCAGGCGUCGUCAAUUCAGUGUUUCGCCCUAAUCCGAACGUCGUGUGCAGGCUCCCUUGUAGCUACGGUGGACACUUUGUAGAAAUGACUACAAAGGAGAGAUCUGAAAUGAAACUUACCGACAUUGAAAUAUUGAGUGGGGAGGAAUGUCAAAAAGAAUACGAAAAAAUGACCAAAGAUGAACGUCUUAGACAUGAGCAAGAAGUACAGGAAAAUUAUUAUAAAGGGAGUGGUGUGUCAUGGUGGAACUUCUUUUAUGAUAACCAAGUUGGGAAACGCAAGGACCUUGCUUCACACCAGGAGGAUAUAUAUGACAAGUUGAAUUCAAAAGAAGGAGAAGCGUUGAUUGAAAUCCAUGAAAUAGAACACCAUCCCGGUGCAGGAGGAAGUACAUUAGGAAGACACCUAUUAUGGAAGCUAAGUCAGUUUAAGGGUGUUCCGAAAAAUUCAUUCCGCUGUUGUGUGGUGAGAAACAUAACAGAAAAGACUGUUGAACAGAUCGAGCGUUUCAGAGCGUUUAGGGAUCCGAAAGACCCGAAACCGUUUAUAGUUCUUGUUGACAACAAGGGCGAAGAUGGUGUUAUGUUGCUGCGGUCAAAGUUGCACGAGGCUGCCUACAAAACUAGCACACCGGGGAAACUGUUCUGCUUAAUCAUACUGAUUAACAGGGUGCCGAUUUCAAACGAGAAAACAGCUUCAACUUCAAAACAAAAGCGUCUUUUAAGACACAAUCUUAGUGGAAAGGAAUUACAAUGGUUUGAAAACAAAUACAAAGAGCUAGAGGACAAGAAAACUAUUGACGUUGAAACGUUGAUUGCUUUCAAUGUCAUGAGAAAAUCCUUCGACAAAACGUAUAUAAAUAAACUCACUUCAGAGAUGAUGAAAGGAGUUACUGAAACAGAAUUUGAAGUACUUAAAUGUCUGUCUGUCAUAUCGUCAUAUGAAAGCGAUCACCCCGUGCCACAAUCAGUGUUUGAUUCCUUUAUGGAGGAGCAAUCAAAUAUAGGUGCCUUAGUGCAAGCUCCAUAUGGUAUAGCUCAUUCCGUAAAAGAAUUACGGAAAAUGUCUGAGAGGAGGAAAGGCAUAUGGAAUGUCACAAUGUCUGAAGCGAUGUCGCUACUUGUAACCAAGCGCGACGAUGCUGACCUUUACAAUGGAGGAAUUUGUAUUAUAUCACAACCAUUUGCCAAGUCAAUUUUACACCACAUCAUGACAAAAACGUGCAGUUCCUUGGAAGACAUAGUUGAGCAUGUUCUUGAUGUAGUGUCGAAGCGAAAGAGUGAAGGAAAUCCAAUGUCGAAACGCUUCGUAAAAAUCGUUUGCAGCUUGUUUAAAACAAGGCAAUUUGAAGACAGCAACAAACCAGAGACAAAGCUUAAGUUUUCAGAUUUAGUUUUAGAUCUUGAGAAAGACAAAGCUUCAUUGAGCGGAUCGGAAAAGGUGCCGAAGACAAUGAAGAGGUGCUUUGAAAUUACGGAGGACGCCAUGGUGGGACAACAAUUAGCAAGGUACAAUAUUCACAUAAAUGAUUAUGCGAGUGCUGAGCGCGAAAUCAAAAGAUCGCUGGAACUGAAACCGGGGAAUUCCUACCUUCUAGACACAUACGGUCAAAUUUUCAAAUCAAAAAUGGAGUACGUGCUGGACGCGCACUCUUCUUCUGAAAAGCUUGACCAACACAGAACUGCUGAAGUGAUCAAUCUGGCGUUUGCUGCGAUCGAAAAAUUCAAAGAAGGCCAGGAAAUAGCAAAGAAACAGGAUGAUGACACAAAUAUGAGUUGUUUUUAUAUGGAGGUAAAAACAGCAGUGUUUCUUCUGGAAAAGUUUCAAAAAUUCGACAACUUUCAAAAACGAGAUGAACUUUGUAGGUUUUUGACUGAUAUGUCUUUUCCUAUCAACAAUUCAAAUUUCCUUGGAUUGAUUCAAGUUUGUCCGAGAAUAGAAGACCUUAGAAAAGAUAGUGAAUGGCAGCAACAUCUUGAAUCAUCACUUAGGUGUUUAGAAGAGACAAACUAUCAAAUCAAACGUCAUCUAUACACUGUGUAUACUGAAGAUGAAACGUUGCUUUUGAAAUUGAGAGAGCGUUUCGAACGAUUUUACGGCGCAAUAGAUGAAAGAAGCAAAUAUAAAUUCAAUUUCGGCAUUGGCCUCAAGCCAUUGAUGACAGCUGCUGAAAAGAAAUCAGCUAAGUUGCAGUGUAGAGUAGAUGAGGCACGAAAAAACCUCCACGAACUUAAUCACAGUGAUGUCAGAGAUUUGUUAGUGUAUUUAGGAUACAAUAUCAUCACCUUGUCUGAUAGGUCGAGCAAGGCGAAAGGUGAGCAAUGUUCACUUGAAGAGUAUGGUCGUUUAUUAAGAUACAGUACAAGACUAGUAGAUAAGCAAAGACGAGAAAAGGCUGGACGAAAAUACCUUGAGUCUUUCCUAUACUUUGCUAUGCUCCAUUGGCCCUUACAGAAAAGGCUUGAUCUCAACGAAGAUGUUCUUUCACCUGGGGGAACAUACGAUGAUUUGAUGAAAGAAUGGGAGGAAACGUACAAAAACAACCACUUCAUUAAAACUUUAGAGCAGUCGAGAUUCAAGAAACCGAAAAAUUACUUUGCGUUGGGCAGGGGAACACCAGGCAACGAUAUAGUAGACCUUGAAUCAAUAAGAAAAAAGUGGAUGGACAGGAAGAAAGAAGAAGGUCGACAUAGGCGCCCAGUAUUUGGAGACAACUUUUGGCGGGAAGGUUUCGUUGAGGCAAGCUUAGAACGCUUGGAGGGCGUUGUUGACGGCAAUGGUUGCACAAUCAUUCACACGGUAAAGUAUCCAAACAACAGGGAGCACACUUUUAUGAUAAGCACAUAUUAUCCUUGCGAUGGUUAUAGCAACAGACCGGUAACGUUCGUUCUUGGAUUCACGUGGAAAGGACCUACGGCCUUUGACGUUCGUGAGAAGGAAAUAGAGUCACAGAAGAGGGCUGUUGCUAUGGUUGAUAAUCCACAUUCAUCCAGUGUUGGAACGAUGGCAAAUGAAAAACUACAACACCACGAGCAUGCACCCACACCACGUACUGAGACAGGAGAACGACCAGCAAAAGUGGAAUGUUCGGCUGGCGCACAGGCAGUAGAACCAAGAAGUGAAGGGACUGAACUCACUAAAGAAAAUGUAUCUAGCCGGCGAAAACGUAAAAACAAAAAGAAGUCUUCACAGAACACCUUUGGAAAAUAAGGCAAAGCAUGAACGACCUGCACGGGGAAAUCACACUAACAUCCAAAGGAUGUGUUUUGUAUCGUCCUCAGUAAAGACUCGAUGAGAUGUUUCAAGCUACAUGUGUUGUGAUAUGCUCCUAUUUCUCAAGUCAAGUUAAAUGUUACUGAAAUGAGUCUGAAGAAAACGGCUGUUCGUAUUGUUGAAUGCUUACAGUACAAUAAUAGAUAACCUUGACAUGUUGUUUUGUUCAAUGUUCGUCUUUUGACGUUUUGUUGAUAUGCUGUUUUUAGUAGUUAUCAUAAAAGUGAUUAUGCACAUUGAUUUACAAUUAUAUUUUGUAAACUUGAAUGUUAUGAAAUCAACAAUUAUGUUUUAUCAAGUAUUUAAGUUCGGAUAAGGAUAAGUUACUGCUCCUUUGUCUGACCUUGGCAAACAUAACUGGUUUUAUUUAUCAAAUUUUAUGAUAUGUGUUUAUACUUUAUUAGGAAUAAUAAAAAGCGGUAGAAUACGAUUUGAAAAGCCAACUGUUUGCUAUAUAAUAUAUUAAUAACUGUAUUCUAUAUGAAACGUAAACGAAAGCAGUGCUGGAGAAAACAAUUAGUGAACUUAUUUCAGGUACAAUGCCAUUUGACUAUAUCGGCAUGUUUUUCCAAUAUAUAUGCAAAAAGCUACAGAAACAUGCUCAGUAGCAAAAAGUUUAAACAUAAGCCCGGUUUAGUGGCACUGGGCAAACGCCAAAGACAUAGAACACAAAAUCAUAAACAAGAAACAUAGAACAGCACAAAACUCCACAAACAGCACAGUGCAUAAAUACUAUAUA